AUGGGUUACGACACACGCCAUGAUGUUAUCGACUUGGUCGGUAACACUCCAUUGAUUCAUUUGCAAAAGCUUCCAAAGGCCAUGGGCAUCAAGCCUAAGGUUUUUGCCAAGUUGGAGCUGUACAACCCAGGUGGUUCCAUUAAGGACCGUAUCGCCAAGUCUAUGAUUGAGGCUGCUGAAGAAGAAGGUCUAAUUCAUCCAUCUAGAUCGACCUUGAUUGAACCAACAUCUGGUAACACUGGUAUUGGUUUGGCGCUAAUUGGUGCUAUCAAGGGCUACAGAACCAUCAUCACUCUUCCAGAGAAGAUGUCCAACGAGAAGGUUUCUGUUUUGAAGGCUUUGGGUGCUGAAAUUAUCAGAACACCAACUGCUGCUGCAUGGGAUUCUCCAGAGUCUCACAUUGGUGUUGCCAAGAGAUUAGAAAAGGAGAUUCCUGGUGCCAUCAUUUUGGAUCAGUACAACAACAUGAAGAACCCUGAGGCUCACUACCAUGGUACUGGUAAGGAAAUCCACCAUCAAUUGCAAGACUUGUCCUUGUUCUCCAAGUUGAACGCUGUUGUGGCUGGUGCUGGUACCGGUGGUACCAUCUCUGGUAUUGCCAGAUACAUCAAGGAACAAAACAAGGAUAUUCAAAUUGUUGGUGCCGACCCUGUCGGUUCCAUCUUGGCCGUUCCAGAAAAGCUAAACGAAACCGACGUUACCGAAUACAAGGUCGAAGGUAUCGGUUACGACUUCGUUCCACACGUUUUGAACCGUGACCUAGUUGACCACUGGAUCAAGACCGAGGAUAAGUCAUCCUUCAAGUACGCUCGUCAAUUGAUUUCCAACGAAGGUGUCCUUGUUGGUGGUAGUUCCGGUAGUGCAUUUGCCGCUUUGGUGCAAUACUGUGAAGAACACCCAGAGUUGACCGAAGACGAUGUCAUCGUUGUCAUCUUCCCAGACUCCAUCAGAUCAUACUUGACUAAGUUCGUUGAUGACGAAUGGUUGAAGACUAACGGUCUAUGGGAUGAUGCUAUCGCUACCCCAAUCGUACAAAAGGAAACCGAUGUCUUCGAAGACGCUACCGUCAAGGACUUGAACUUGAAGCCAGUCGUUUCUGUCGAUGAAGAUGCUUCCAUUGCUACCGUAGUGAAGAUCUUGACCGACAACUCUUUCGACCAAUUGCCAGUCUUGACUAAAGAUGGUAAGUUGUGCGGUUUAGUUACCUUGUCUCAACUACUAAAAAAAUUAUCCACUUCUAAGGAUGUUACCAGCAUUAAGGGUCUGUUCUACGACUUCCGUAAGUUGAACAACUUCGACGACAUCUCUUCCUACAACGCUAACAAAUCUCACAAGAAGAGAUUCGUACGUUUCGAUGUCAACACCACCUUGACGGAACUAAACUCAUUCUUCGAAAAGAACUCCGCUGCUAUCAUCACCGAUGGUCUAUCCCCUGUGCAUAUUGUCACAAAGAUGGAUCUAUUGUCCUACUUGGCCAAAUAG